GUGCAUUUUGUUGGCGCUACAUUCUGCCUACACGUUGCUUUAGGAUGGCAGGCAAUGCUUUGAAAAGACUCAUGGCAGAUCGCUAUAAUUUUGUUGGACUAGCUUAAAACAAGCCAUGUCAUGUGUACAUUUUGGAGGACCAACUGAACAUCUUUAGUUGUAUGACCUCUAUUAUCUAACUGGUGCCCCAUUAAGUCAAAUUGUAGUCCUCACAACCGUCUUUCACUCUAAACAAGCGAAGAUGUAAUCUUGGUUUUUGUGCCUUUAUUAUUAUUAUUGUCGAAAGCUGGUUCUCAACUCUCUUAUAUAAAAGAGGUGGAUCAUAUAUGAUCCACCUUACACAUAUCUUAGGCAUAUACUGUGCGCUUCUGAAGCAAGCUUUUCAUAAAUCUGUCUUAGUGGCUCUCAAUCGCUGUAAUUGCUUCUAAUUGCUCUAUUCACUACCCAAAUGUAGCAUGUGAAGAACAUGAGUUGCUGGUCGUCAAUAAUAAUUACCUAUAAACAUGUCUAAUCUUUUACAUUUCGUGAAGUACGUCCUCAAAAAAAAAUCGGUAAUGCUUAUUCUCCACCCCAUAUAUUGUUGUUACCAACUUGUUUUGUCCGAAUCAGACAUAUGCUCGACAUUGUGUAGGACUAACUGUGCGAUUUGAUAGGUGUUGUGAAAGUUUAAAUCGGUAUCAUCAUGUAAAUGAAAUUCUCUCUUAAAAAGUAGAUACGAAUAUGCAUUUAAAAUGAUCUCGUAUGAUGAAGUCUGUGAAACAUCAAGUUUGCACCAUAUGUCACCUACUUCGACUUAGGCAGCCCAUUAGUGUCAAUAAUCACGCCUGAAAUGUGACUCGAAACUUAAUGAAUAAACCUAUACUUGAAUUAACAGUCAAUCCACCAGAGGGGAUUGUUGCUGGACCAGUGGAUGAAAGGAAUUUUUUUGAGUGGGAAGCAUUAAUUGCUGGACCAGAGGGUACUCCAUUUGAAGGUGGUGUUUUUGCUGUACGUCUGAACUUCCCAUCCGAUUACCCUUUGUCUCCACCAAAAAUGCAAUUUCUAACUGAAGUGUUCCAUCCAAAUAUCUAUCCAGAUGGACGCGUGUGCAUUUCCAUACUUCAUGCUCCUGGUGAUGAUCCAAUGGGUUAUGAAAGUUCCGUUGAACGUUGGAGUCCAGUUCAAUCAGUCGAAAAAAUUUUAUUGUCUGUUGUUAGUAUGCUUGCAGAACCGAAUGAUGAGAGUGCGGCUAAUGUGGAUGCAGCAAAAACAUGGCGUGAAGAUAAAGCGCGUUUCAAUAGUCUAGCACUUCGAAGUGUACGUAUUAGUUUGGGUAUUUCGGCGGAAUAAGAUAUUAUCAGAAAAUAGAAGGAAAACAACAAUGAAAGAAUAGAAACUAAGCGUGUCUUUCGACUUUUUAAAAAAAAUUUAUCUUUCAUUUUGUUAUGUAGUUCCUUCAAAACAAUUCUUAUUGUGUUAUUAUCACUUCAUUUUUUAUUGUUGUUGUUAUUAGUAUCUUUUUGUUUUCUGAUCGAGUCAAUCAUGAACAAUCUUAUGACUUUUAUGAUUUUGCUUUAAUAACUGUUUAUUGUGUAAGCUCCUUCUUCAGAGAAUGAAAAAUAAUACGAAGUUGACUAUUUUUGGUGUGAUCGAAAUUAAGAUUUGCCUGAUGAUGUUAAUGACAUGACAAUUUGGCCAAAAUGGUUUUUUGUCUGAGACUUAUUUGUAUCUGUUGUUGGGUUUGUCAAAUGCAAUUAUUAUAAUCUGGAAGAAUGAUGUGAAAGAUAUUUGUAUGUUUGUUAGUUGUAUGAGAUGUGAACAGGAUGAAAUAUGUAUGGACAUUGUGUAAAUGGUCCAUAUCAAGUAGAUCAUUAAACCUUCCUUUCUAUCAAGUGCUGUAAGUUUUACCAAUACAAGAACCAGCCACUGGUUUUUUUGUAUAAACGGAAAAUCAUAUUCGGAUUAAUUUGGCAUAAAUAAGGAUUUUAUGGUUGAUAGAAGGGCAUUUACUGCUAUUG